GUUGCCCCGGCGACGAAGGGCCGCUGCGCUGCGGCGGGAUCAUGGCGACGUCUGUGGGGACAACUCCCGGGGGGACGGCCCCCGCGGGCAUGACUCCGGCGGGAAGCACGCCCGAGUCGGAGAAAGAUGCGGAAUUCCAGGAGCAUGAAAAGAUUCUGUCUCCAGAUUUUCUUUCAGUUGCCCAGAUCACUGAAAUGCUAGCAGAAGGUAUAGAUGGAGUUCAACAGAAACUGGAAAAGUUUUUGAAUUUCAAAAAUCUUCAAACCUGUUUAAAGGAAGCCAGUCUACUUGAUUAUUAUGUAUCUGGAUUUUUGUGGGCAAGAGGAAUGGACUUUUCUGUUAUUCAAUAUUCAAAAUUUAUGACUUUAUUAGAUAUGUUACUUCAUAAUGUUAGAACACUGCACAUGUCCUUAGAAGACAGCAUAAAAUGGCUCGGAGAAGUUAUGGCUGAAAUAGGGCCAUCCCAUUCACAAAAAAAUGAGGAAUGGAAUAUCUUUGAUGUAAAACAAGCCAAUGCUAUUGUUGAUUACUUGAAAAUCAGCUUAUUUCAACACUACAAGCUGUAUGAGUUUCUGUUCUUCUCUGCCAGGGAAGAGACUGUGAUAGGAACUGAGCAAGUGAUAGAGGCUGUGAAGUUUGCAGGUCACCCUUUCCCUGAUCCUCUAGAAGAAGGAAUCUCAUUUGAUAUUUACUCAACAUUCAUAGAGCCACCUCCAACAUUGGAUAUGGAAAUGAAGGGGCUGAAUCAAGAACAAGGCCCUGAAGAGUCCCAGCCAGAAGCCGACACUUCAGAGACUGAUCCGUUGGUUGGUUUCACCAUUGCAGAUAUAAAAUCAGUGCUGGGUCAAGUCACGGAUGACAUUUUAAUCAGCAUUCAGACCGAGAUAAACGAAAAGCUGCAAAUACAGGAAGAGGCCUUUAAUGCACGAAUAGAAAAAUUGAAAAAGGCCUGAGGACUCCGAACAAGGAGACUGAUGCUAAACUUCACAGAAACAAACAAAACCAGCCGGGAUAAUAGACUCUCUAGAGCACCAGAUCGCCCUCAUUUAGCUGGAAGAGGAAAACCAAGCCCCACUUUUUUAUUAUCCUAACUAAUUAGAAAAGUAUCGGCCCCAAUUUUGCUAUCUCCUGUCCCAUAACAGCCUCUAAAUUUAUUGCACCGUGUGUAAUAAGAACAUUUUGUAUAUAAGAGUUUGGAGAAUUAUAUAUAAAAAUACAAUUACUUUUACAAUACUCCUUUGACAUUUUGACUAGUAAAUGUUAUUCAUCUUCAAGGAGAAUGAAGUCAACUUUCUGAAAGAAAGAAAAAUAAUAAUAAUUUUACCCAUAUGGACCCAGAUGAACUGCCGCAUUGCUGAAGCCUUAUGAACACAGACCACCACCACACUGCUGAGGAGAAAACUUGCUAAACAAUAGCAAUUCACAUGCAUAUACUAGGGUUUUUUUCUCCUUAAAUCAGUUGGUUUUCUUAUGUAAACGUUUCAGUGUGAAACCAAUUUUCUGAAAUUAUAUAAUGCAGUUUGAAGCACUUUAAUUUCUUCUGUACUGUAUUUGUUAUUUCUAAUCUUGUUACUCUCCCAGGAGAAUACAUGACCUAUAUAAAAAGAAGCAAUGUAUAAAUGGUUAUUAAAGACCAACCUAUAUAUAGAUUGUAAAAAUCUUAACUACAAAUCAAACUCACAGAGCUCUUAAAAUUAACCACUGUACUGCAGUAGAAUGAUUGAAAACAUCUCAAGCCUUUAAAUACCUUUAUUAAAAUAUAAUUUCAAAAGAAAAUAUCCAUUUGCCAACUGAUUGUCCUUAGUUGGACAAACUAAAUGAACUACUACCUCAGCCCUUUCCCAAUUUCUGAGACUUCUGAGUAUUCUAGAAUGUAGAGCAUUGCUAGGAGGAGACCAUUCCUCCAAGAAGUUUCCAGUUUAUACUGGAACCAGAUGUACUUGCUUCUGGGUGGCACUUGGUCAUAUACGUUCUGUCCAUGCUCUGGCCUUGGGCCAUAACCUACUUACUUACUCCAUCAAUACCAAAGGGAUUGCCCAAAAUGUAUUCAUUUGGGGCAGAGACAGAUCUGGCAGCAUUUGGUAUUUUUUUUAACUACACUGGUCAUCAAAAUAAGAGAAGUCCUUAAGAUGAAACCGUGUUUAUUGUUCAUGCAAUUCCGAGUCUGGACAGCCUGGAGAUGUGCCGAGAUGUUUCUUCCUUGAGCUGUCCUUCCUAAUUGAAAAUGCUGAUGCCCAUAGGCUAUCACUAGCAGGGCUCACAAGUCUUGAUUUUGCCAAGCAGUCUUUUUCCAGGGAAAACAGAAGUGAAACUAGAGAAACCACAAAUAGGGAAUAAAGGAGCUUCUCGAAAUAACCAAACAGGGCUUCAAAUUCGAUCGUUGGCACAGAGUGGACCUCCAUUUCUAAUAAAGAGUGCUUAUUUUGAGCAAGGGUGCCAAGAGUUUAAAACUGAAUAAAAAAUAGCAGUAGGAUCCCUAAAAACUACACAAAGACAAUAUCCUAUAAGCAUGCCAAAAGCCUGCCUCUGGAGUAAGACUCCCAGGGUCUGAUGGUAGCUUCGCCAUUGGCUCGUGUGUGACUUUGAACAGGCUGCUCACUUUCUAAUUGCUCAUCUAUUAAAUGAGGAUAAUACCUAUUUUUGAGGUAGUUAUGAGAACUCAAUAAAUUCAUAUUAAAGGAUGUUUAUUCUAAGGUUUGGUUUCUGCUUACCUCCUAGGAUAACCCCAAACCCACUGCCCGUCCCCAGUACCCACUGUCCAGCUGCUGGAUCAGCCUCUCUGCCAGAAUUCCCAGCCUUCUCUGUCUCCACUGGAGCUGUGGAUGGGCACAUCCUCCCAUGGUAAUUAUUGGAGCAGCCCAGGGAUCCCUGCGGCAGCCUGACUGUAACACAUAAUAAUAAUAAUAAUAGGAGAAAGAGCAAUUGUAGUAGCAGUAGCUACAAAUUUUAAUUCACAGUCUCUGUGCUUUUAAAUUAAUUUUGAAUUGAUAAAGAAAUAUAUGCACUCUGUUACCAAAAAAAAGAAAAAGAAAAAGAAUGUAGACAAUGAAAAAUAAAUUUCACCCUAGCUAGGUACCUUCAUUUCUCUUCCCAUGAGGCAUCCACAGCUUCCACUAAGUCCAUAUUUUUUUGCUCAUUGAAACAAUUAGAUGCUUGUAUAGAAUGGUCAUUUUUUUUUUUCACACAGUUUGAAUUGUUCUUUGCAUUGAUUUUUUUCACCGAACAAUAUAUCUUAAGAUAAUUCUCUAUGGGUACUUUUUAAUGACAAUACAGUAUUUCAUUUUAGCAAUUCCAUAACUUUUAGGUAUUAAUUAAUUUAUUUUGGCUGCGUUGGGUCUUCAGUGCUGCUCAUGGGCUUCCUCUAGGUGCAGAGAGUGGGGGCUGCUCUUCAUUGCAGUGUGCGUGCUUCUCAUUGUGGUGGCUUCUCUUGUUGCGGAGAACAGGCUCUAGGUGUGUGGGCUUCAGUAGUUGCGGCAUGUGGGCUCAGUAGUUGUGGCUCAUGGGCUUAGUUGCUCCGUGGCAUAUGGGGUCUUCCUGGACCAGGGAUUGAACCUGUGUUCCCUGCAUUGGCAGGCGGAUUCGUAACUGCUGUGCUACCAGGGAAGUCCCCAUAACUUUUUUUUUUUAAGCUCUUUAUUGGAAUAUAAUUGCUUUACACUGUUGUGCCAGUUUUUGCUGUACACAGAGUGAAUCAGCUGUAUUUAUACGUAUAUCCCCCAUAACUUUUUAACUAGUUCUCUUGAUAAACUUUUUAUUGCUUUCAGUACUUUGUUGUCACAAUGUUGUGUUGCCAUCUGUGUGAACAUGUAUGAUUAUAUCUAAAGGAUGAAUUCCUAGAGAGGAAAAUUUCUAGGUCAGAUUUUAUUUGCAUUUCCAAUUUUGAUAGAUAUGUCAAAAUGCCUUCCAAGGAUAUUUUACCAACAGUGUAUGAUAAUAACUCUUUCUCUACAUCAUUACUAACAGAUGCAUUGGCCAAUUUUUUAUCCUUAGUAUUCUGAUAGAAAAUACUGUGAAACUAUUGUUCUAAUUUGCUUUUAUUGUUUUAAUCCACAAGGACUGAGCAUCUUCCAUAUGUUUAUAAGCAAAUUUAAAUAUACUUGUAUAUA